GACUUUUUCUCAGUGAUUCUGGUAUGAUAUGGUAUGACAUUCUGAGUUAAACAUGUCAUCCUGGGUUCAUGUGUUCUCCAUCAUCAUUUAGAUUUUUGGGUGGACUGUGUUUGAGAAGUUGAAGGACCACUGACCACUUGAGGGAUAACUUCAGUCAUGUGAUCCAGGGUUUUUGUGUUUACUGCUUUCCCUCCGCCCCCACCAUGCCACAGGGAUCCCUCUGCGAACAGGGCGGUUCACCGUGGCCGAGAACAAGCAGCUGAAACAGAACGUGAAGGACUUCCUGGCCGUUUCCAGGAUCGACAGCGAGUUCAAGCUUUUUAGACCCCAACGCUUCCCAGAUGAGAAGGUUACCAUCCGAAGCCUGAAGAGGAAGCUCAACUUCCUCAGGUGUUUAUGCGCUGGGAUCCCUCGUUCCUGGAAUAUUAUACUUAACCGAGCCAGGAGGAUGUGCAACAGGGAGAAUUACUUGGGGAGGUUUACAGAAGAUGAGAACAAGGUCUUGAAGGAACUGUAUUCGCUGCAUGGGUCAAACUGGACGACCAUAUCAGACAAGAUGGGUCGCAGUUGUGAAGCCGUGAAGAAACGCUUUAACGUGAUGUCUGAGGUUUAUGGGCCAUGGUCAGAGGCAGAGUUGAAGGUCCUCCUGACGUGCUUACACCAGCAGCUGCUGAAGAGGGCUGAGCCUGGAGGAGAGGGCGGCGACGGGUCUGCGGUCAUCCAGAAGAUGGACUUGUAUAAGAAACUGGAGUGGAGCCGUGUGGCCAAGCAGGUCCAGACUCGCAGCUGGUUGCACUGCAAGAACAAGUGGAUGACUUACCUGAUGGGUAAAAUGAAGACUGGUGGAAAGAUCCACAGGAGGAAGAGCAUAGAGGGGCAGAUCCAGCUGAUCAAAGCGAUCAAUGAAAUGGCUGUGGAGGAAUCUGGAGACAUUGUCUGGGAUGACCUCACUCAUCUCUUUGGCAACACCCCACCUGCCUACUUACAGAAGAAGUUCUACCAGCUGAAGGUGACCUAUAUACCACACGUGAACAGAAAGUCCUUCCGUGACAUCAUUGAUUUCCUGUAUGAGAAGACCCUGCCAAAGCUGGAGAAGGACCUGAAGGGCUGUAAGGAUGCUGAAGAUGCUGAUGAGCCCGCAGAGCUGCGACAGUCUUACAAGCUGUCAGAGAUCUUCCCCAACCUCUGAAACACCCCAACGCCACCCCCACUCAUCACCAGAGAGACAAGUCACUCUUCCAAGAUGUCAGAGAUCUUCCCUGGUCUCUGAAACACCCCAACCCUGACCCCACUCAUCACCAGAGAGACAAGACUCUUACAAGCUAUCAGAGAUCUUCCCCAACCUCUGAAACACCCCAACCCUGACCCCACUCGCCUAACCUCCUCACUAGGGGCCGUGUGAAGUUUGAAACACUAGUGACUGAAUUAACAUUUAAUUGCUCAGGCCUUUUCCAAAGAAGUUCAGAUAUUUGUAAAUGAUUGAAGAAAAUAUUAGCUUUGUCAUUUUUUUUUUACAUUUCCUGAAACUGGUGUAUUUUAGUAUUUUUGUAAAAUGUAUUUUUAUGCACUGAGUUCAAUAGUAAAUCAAGGAGUUUUAAA